AUGCUGCAUCCAUGCUCAAGCACAAGCUGCACCACCAGGCUGACUUUGGCUCUGCUGCUGCAGAUGGGAGUGAACAGUGGGGAGGUGGCAGCAGCGCUGGUGCCCAAAAAACGCCUGCCCAGCAUCGGUACUUGUCUUCAUGUCGGCGUUGCCGGCUUUGCGCUGCAGGGCGGCCUCGGCUUGGUCUUGCGCUACCAUGGCGUCGCUGCAGACUUCAUUCAAAGCAUAGAUGUUGUUUCUGUCGGGGCGGACAAGAAGGCUGUUCGUAAGACGAUCAGUCCGGAAGUCGACCCCGACCUGUUCUGGGGCUUCAGAGGCGCUGGUGGGGCACUGGGAGUAGCCAUCAGCUACACCACUCACGCCUUUGCCAUCCCCGACAACGUGCAGUCGGCUGCUUACACCUUUCCCAUCGACAUCGCUGCAGAGGUCAUGACAUGGUAUGCCGGAAUCACUGCAACAUCUCCUCGUCAAAUCUAUCCUGGACUCUUGCUUUCCCCUGCCGGGAAUGGCAAGCCUGCGACUCUGUUCCUUAGCGCUUUCAAUCUUGGCCCGCCAACAGCUGCGACCGAGGCGUAUUUUCAGCAGGUUGCGGCCUACGCUGUGCCCAGGGCAUCCAGCAAUUCCCAGCCAGGCCAACUGUACACGGAAAGGGAUUACUUGAGCUUCUCAAAGGACCAGAGUCUAGGCGAAUGCGGCAAUCUGACGGCUGCUACCUACUGGAACACGUAUUUCACUGCCAAUGACACUCUGACAAGCGGAAAUCUACCAAUUGGGCUCAUCAAUGCCGCGAUAGCCCAGAUCAAGGCAGCCCCUUUCAGUACACUCUCAAUCAGCAUUGUGCCAGGCCCCAGCUUGCCUGAGGGCGAGGAUGCUGCCUAUUAUACACCAGAUGCUUGGAGCUUCCGCGGGUCCUUCUACAUCUUUGUGGGGGACACCUGGGACAUUCCAGCAGACGAUGCAGAGCACAUUGCUUAUGUUGAAGCAUCAAGCGCAGCCGUUAAGCCCUAUGUUGUCGGCAACUACAUCAACCAAAUUAUGUUUGCGGAAGCUGAUGACGCGAGAAAUUCAUAUGAGGCAGGCAUUUUUGGUAGACUGGAAGGAGUGAAGGCUGCGUUCGACCCUCUGAAUUUGUUCCGGGACCUGAACUAUGUGCACCCUAAUGUAAAGCAGCCGACAAACUUGUUCCAUGGAGAGAUCUACAACUCAUUGCCCUUCGCAGCUGCUGAUGCAAUGGCCCCAGCACCGUACACAGCAAUGAGCGGCGUCGAGGCGCCACAACCCAUGUGA